UCAUAUGCACGACCCAGCUCAGCCUCCAUCCGUGACGCCAACCUGUACGUGAGCGGCCUGCCCAAGACCAUGACCCAGAAGGAGCUAGAGCAGCUCUUCUCUCAGUACGGACGCAUCAUCACCUCCCGCAUCCUGGUGGACCAGGUCACAGGUGGCUCCCGAGGUGUGGGUUUCAUCCGCUUUGAUAAGAGGAUAGAGGCAGAGGAGGCCAUCAAGGGUCUGAACGGACAGAAGCCCUCCGGCGCCGCAGAGCCCAUCACCGUCAAGUUCGCCAACAACCCCAGCCAGAAGACCAGCCAAGCCCUCCUGUCACAACUCUACCAAUCCCCCAACCGCCGAUACCCCGGACCCCUGCACCACCAGGCCCAGAGGUUCAGGUUCUCCCCCAUCACCAUUGACAGCAUGACCAGCCUGGUGGGCAUGAACAUCCCCGGGCACACGGGCACCGGGUGGUGCAUCUUCGUGUACAACCUGUCCCCGGACUCGGAUGAGAGCGUGCUCUGGCAGCUGUUCGGGCCCUUCGGAGCCGUCACAAACGUGAAGGUGAUCCGCGACUUCAACACCAACAAGUGCAAAGGCUUCGGCUUCGUCACCAUGACGAAUUACGACGAGGCGGCCAUGGCCAUCGCCAGUCUCAACGGCUACAGGUUGGGCGACCGCGUCUUGCAAGUCUCCUUCAAGACCAACAAGACACACAAGUCCUGAACUUUAACAGGUAGAAGCAGUUGCCCUGCGACUUUGUCUGCUCCCAAAUUGCCCCCAACCUCCCCGUCCCUCCCCCCCCCCGUCCCUUAGCCCCUUCAGUCACUACCCACCCUCUACUACAGCCAUCCAACACAGCAAACUCAAACUCCAACCGGAACACAAAGCAACCAACAAACCAUCAAAUAAAUUGAACUAGAAAUGGCUUAUAUUAUAACUUUGGACCUAUAAGCCAAUGUUGCCUAAGUAUUACAAAAAUGAAAUGAUGAAAUUGUUCAUACGUUUUAGGAGGCUCCUGUGAUAAUGCAGGCUUCCCUUUGUUGUGUAUUCUUUCUGUUCGUUGUGGUUGUUUCAAUGAGUUUUCUCUCUUCUGUGUAAACAGUAGCAAAUCCCUGUAUCCCCUAAUUCCAGAGAAGAGAAUGUCCUUUUUAGAUUGAAAACCUUUUCUCUGUCUUGAUUCAGGAUUUGUUUUUCUUUUGUAAAUCCGGAUCCACUGUCGUUAGUAUUAUAUACCUCCCUGUCGGUGAAAGGGAGGAGGCUCUUUUUUAAAUUGGUGAACCAUUCAUUCAUUUUUAGUGUGUAUCAAAAACGUCCCCUUAUCGAUUAUUAAAUGGGAUUCCACAGUCCGGUAACUCUGAUGUAGAAAACAAAUAAUAUAAUGUCUUUCCUCACUGGGGUUCAGGGAGAUGGGGCGAGGGAGGGGAUGGGUUAGCUUUCCUGAUGACACGUAAUUUAAGAGAAAAAAUAACACUGUUGCCAAAGAGAAGAUCUCUUUGCUUGAAAAAAAUGCAUUUAGAAAAAGAUAAAAAUGAAGAGAAAGAAGAUCUAUUUUUAUAAAUGAUAAUUAAAAGAAUAAUUAUUGAAGAAUUUUUACAAGAAUCUGGAUUUGAAAAAAGAGAAAAAUAUUUUGACUGGCUAACUAGGGGGGGCCGGGGCGGGAGGGGGGGGACACCACCUUGUCUUGUCGUUCUGCCGUGGUACUUUAUAGGAUCGAAGGUCUGCUUGUUUUUUGGGGAAUCCAAGUUGGAGGUGAUUUUGUAGAUGGAAGGGAUGCAAACCGAGGCAGGUGAUUUUGGUAAUUUUUCACAUAUGUACAAGUGCGUAAUUAUUCAACAGCGAUACCCAAAAGGGAAGGGAGUGGGGUCUUUCCGAGGCCGAACCAUCCUUAUAGUCCAGAGCCCAAAGCAAGAAGACCCUUUGUCCACUUGUUUUCGCCAUCGAGUCAAUAUGGGAUAUCAGUAAAUAGAUAUAUACACAUCUAUCCGUUUAGAGAGCAUACUAUACAUUACCUAUAUCAUUUUUCUUCACUCUGCGUUUGUGAAUUUGAAAAGAACUUCCUUUUAGCGAUCAACAGUAGGUGCUAUACUACAUUAUUCACAUAUCUUAAAUAUCCAAGUUUGUUGUUCUAUGUGUUGUUUAAAGAUAAAAAAAUACUUCGAUGUUGGCAUUGAAUUGAGCUGCUGUUCUUUGUUUAAUAUUUGUUUAUUGUUAAGCCCAAAAGAAUCUGGUGAGACGAUUUCUUUGCUGAAUAACCAGAUGAUUGAUUUUUUGGGCCUUGUAAGAAUCACUGAACUUUGAGUUGGUAUCCUUUUUGUUUGGCUUGCUGACUUUUUAGGUUACUUGCUGAGCGUGAAACGUUUGUCAAAACUAAAUGAUGAUUAGCUAGUUCCGUUAGUCUAGAUAUUUGUUUCCUUAAAAAGGAUCUAUGACAACUGUGUCUUUAUUUGCUGUGUACAAAUAGAUGAUAUAUAUAUAUACAUAUAUAGUCUACAUUUGUUUUACAAUAUCUACUGUACUAUAUGAGUUGUCACUGUUCUUUUGUUUGAGCUUGUCUUUUUCAUAUGACAACUUAUUAUGAAGUGGUGGUUCAGUUACUUAGAGAAACUUGUGAGGAAACUGUUCAAUUGUUGUCAUGUUGCUUGUGGAGAAAAAAAAAAGAUUUGGAUUAACUUUCAGUUAGCUAACCGCGGCAAAAGAAACCGAACAAAAGCUUAGAAUAUAACUGUAUUUGUUUACUUACUUAUCGAUUUUUUAAGACUAUUUAUUUUUUCUAUUUAUUUGUAUUUAUUCAAUAUUUAUUAAUUGGUUUAUUUAUCUGUGUAUUUAUGUAUUUAUUUGUUUCAUUGUCUGUGUAUUUGCGUGAUUCUGGUACAGGGAGGGGGCGUUUCUGAGCAAAAGGGAACAAAGCGACUAGUGGAGCGGCUCGUCCAGUAGUCCACUGCACUGAGAGAACUUUUAGUACGUUCGUGCUUUGUACCAAUAUAUCAAAAUUACAAUAUAAAAAAUCUAAAAGUCAAGAAAACUGAAAAAAAUGUCUGGAGGGUUGGGGGACGCUCUUCCCUUAUUACUAGAAACAGUUACUCGCUAUGCAUAACCUAGUUAAUAGUUACAUUUGCUCUUGCUUUUUUCUUGUCUUGUUCAAAUGAAAUCUCUAGAUCUUUUUCAAUAAAGUUUAGUCUUAAUAGAAUGUUAUAAACAGUCGUUCUGGUUCAAUAUAACCUGUGAUAAGUUUGUGUUGUUCUAAAAAGCCACUCCGUCCACACCCUCCCUCCACUUACUACCGCUUUGUGAUGAAACCUUAUGCAAAAAUGUGGGUCUGAAAGCAUCGUUUUCAGUUUUCAGUGAAACAUUUUAUAUAACAUCCAGCUCUUGGAGGCUCGGGCACAUAACAUUUAAAAAAACGGGAGCAAAUGCUCGUUGUUUGAGGGUCAUUCAUUGCACUGGACUAAAAAUCGGUCAGAAUCACUUAAGAGUUAAAACUUAUUUUUAAAAAUCAUGUUUUCAAAUGACAUACCAACAAAUCUAAAAAAGAAAAAAAAAGGAAUUGUUACCAUUGCACACCAACUGUGAUUUACAGCAGUUGUUGCUAUACUCUGGAGAAAUGAAAAAGGGAUUGUACCGAUUCUAUAUUUUAUAUACUCUAAUAUGAUAUAUAUUAUAUAUUUUGAAAGGUGAAAGGGAAUGGUUCCAGAAGUAUAAAUAUGCGGAAUUGGAUUAUUUUGUUUGUUGUUAAGACUUGAAAACAUGAAGGAGGUGUGCGGAGAGCAUUUCAAACACUCAGACGCAUGCUCGCAUAGGGACAUCCUCCUCUCUCACACCUCAGUCAUCUGACAGGCCGGCUCAUCUAUAUCCUCAUCGCCAUCCCGUCGUCAUCCAAUCACAUAGUUUUCUAACGUCAUUAACGGCAACAAAACCCACCCACCCACCAACAGACCAACCAGACCCUUCACGCUCCCAGCCGCCGUCGGGAGCUUGAAUUAUGCAACGACCCCAGUAGAAUGUUGUUCUGACGUGUGAACUAAUUUCCUACACUUGUAUGACUUUUGAACUCUUACGAUGCGUGCCUGUGUUUCCGCCUAGACCCUGUGUGCACAUGUGUGAGUGUGUGCGCAUGUGUGCAUGUUUGUAUGCAUGUUCCUUUUAUGUAGUUGUGUGCCGUGUCCUCAUUAUGUGUGUUGGCGUGGUUACGUGUUUGUGAUUGUGUGUGCGAUUUGGGUCUGUUUUGUGCACAUGUAUACUUAGUUUAUGUGUGAAUCCCUGAGUGAACGUGUGUGCGGAUGCUGGAGACGUGUGUGUGUGUGUGUAUGUGUGUGUGUGUGUGUGUGUGUGUGUGGUGUGUGUGUGUGUGUGUGUGUGUGUGUGUGUGUGUGUGUGUGUGUGUGUGUG